CAACAAGUACUGGUGAACUACUGCAUCACUCGUUUUGUUAGUGUGAAAUUUUACUCAGCACUUAUUACCAGACUGCGUGGUGAAGGUUAAGGGCCAAUGCUAGCAGUCACAAGGUUAAUAGGUGCAGGCCCACACCCAUAGGCCUUCCCCCAGUGCGCUGCCCGGUGGUGCACGUCUGACAUUACUGGGCAGGAGUGUGGCGGGUUUUUAUGAGUGAGCAUGACUUCCUAAGGGUGGAGCAGCACAGACCCGGCCUGGCUUAGGUAGGCGGUGGUGCUCAGGCCGCGCACUCGCCUUCCCAGUUGAGUGUCUGUGUGUGCUGGUGUGAGUGGCGUCUGGCUUUGGUGAGUAAUGGACAUGUUGCAUCUCAGGAAAACCCAUAAAGGAGAAAUCAGGGCCAGAGGUGAUUUUGGAGUCAGAAAGUGAAGAAGUGGAGGCUGGUGAGCUUAUACUUCCAGUCUCUCUCUCAUUCAUUCACUGCCCAGACCACAAUUAUUUCUACCAUUUUCUGAAUCAUCAGCUGCCAGCCCUCCCACUUGCCUGUUUGUUCCAUCAAGUGUUUCCCACUCUUGGCUCUGAAAGGUGUGAUGCAUGCCAGACUCUCCUGAGGAAGAAUAAUGACUCUCAUAAAAGAAAAAGGCUUAGAAAAUCAAGAUUAAGGUCUCAUGGUCUCUGCAGCAUUCCACAGGAAACAAGGAAUGUUUGUGCCUCAGGAGCCGGAUGUCACAGAAAGGAGAGAUGCCACAGAGAUAUCGGUGGGACUGAACUCUUCCUCAGCACACCUGUCACAUCCUUGCACAGCUCAGAUACAGAAGGGCAGCUGACUGGUGGCUCAGAUUGUGAGGUAGCAGCACCAGCAGCAGCAAUGACAACAGUGGAGGGAAUAGAGGUGGUGCGGGAGAUUGGGCGUGGAAACUAUGGCUCAGUGUGGCUGGUGACGCAAUCCGGCUCCUGCAGGAACUUGGUGCUCAAAUGUGUGGAUCUAACUCAUUGCAGUGCAGCGGAGGUGGAGGCUGCCAGGCAGGAAGUCCGUAUUCUGGCAGGACUGAGGCAUCCAAAUAUAGUCUCAUAUAAGGGAUCCUUUGAGGUGGGUCGACGGCUGAAUCUUUUGAUGGGUUACUGUGCAGGGGGAGACAUGGCUUCCCUAAUCAAGCGGCAGCGCGGACACCUGUUUCCUGAAGUGAAGAUAGUACGGUGGCUUAUCCAGAUCACAAUGGCACUGCAGUACCUGCACAAUCGACGCAUCCUCCACCGUGACCUCAAGACACGCAACAUCUUCCUGACACGCUCUGGACUCAUCAAGCUUGGGGACUUCGGCAUCGCACGCAUCCUUGGUUCCUCACAUGACAUGGCCACUACCCUUGUUGGCACACCUUACUACAUGAGUCCUGAACUGUUUGCUGGCCUGCCAUACAACCACAAGUCAGAUGUGUGGGCACUUGGUUGCUGCCUCUAUGAGCUGACAACUCUCAAGCAUGCCUUCCCUGCUCGAGACAUCCCUGGCCUUAUCUCCAAGAUUUCUAAGGGCAAGAUUGUUGGCCUGGAUGAGCAGUACAGUGAUGACCUGAGGCAUCUGGUGCUGAGCCUCAUGACCCGCAGCCCUGAGCACCGUCUUUCAGCAUCACAGAUAUUGCGCCUUCCAUACAUCAGGCAGCACAUGUCUCUGUUCCUCAAGGACACUAGUGAUAAUGCUAAAGAGAUGAAUGGAUCUGAACAACUAUCCAUGGAAAAGAAAAUAUUGCCUGAUGUCUUGCAGGAUUCAGGAAUGAGUGGUGUACAGCCAUCAUCUGAAAGCAAGCAGCCUGCUAUUACUGCUCAUGAACAUGUUGCUCAGCACAAGCACUUGGUGGCAAGAAGGUGCUGUGAGAUUGUCCCAAGUGAGUUUGAAUCAUUGCAAAUUGCUGGUGAUAAGAUAAAACUGGAUGAACGGGACCGAAGUGAAAAAAAACCAAGUGGCAUCAAGGAGUGCCACUGUUCUCGCAAGGAGAAGUUGCAGCAGCAUCCCUGCAAUAGUGGCCACUUGCAUUCUCAGUCUCGUGCUCGGCGACGUGACAGUAGAGAGCUGGAGGGAAGUGGGGACAGUUUCCAGGAUCAUUUGAGUCCCUCUGUAGUCUCCUCACUCACGAGCCAUAAGGCCCCUACACCACCUCAUUCCUCCCUAUCAGCUCGAGAGAGGAGGCGACAGCAGAGGAGAGGUGAGACUGAGAAUGGCAAGUCUUCCACGUCUGGUCAUGGACACCAAGGAGAAAAAGGUGACUCAGAAAGCAGUAGUUCACUGUCCCCAAUUGAGGAUUCUGAUGAAUACAGUAACUCAGACACCAGCACUGCUACACCCCCUCGAGAUUAUGAAGAGGAUUUCCUUCAGAGUCUAAGCUCAACACUUACAGAAACUGGUAGCCCAAGUGAAGGUGAAAGUGAGCAGACAGAGGAGGAUAACAUGGGACAUCUGGAAGUAACAAUUUCCAAGCUGGAAGACUAUCUGGUUGCCAAGAUGGGGAAGGUGCAAGGCAGGUUAGUUAUAAAUGUGUUGAAAGAGGAAGAUGAUGAUGACGUGGUUGAAGGAAACUGGGAGGCACGAUUAAGGGAGGUGGAACAGUUGGUUGGAAGUAAACUGGAUGCUGAUGUUGCUACCACUGCCUGGCACCUCCACCUUUGUUAUGUCCUGCAACACACCUGAGAAAGGAAAGUAAGUGCCUUGGUACUAAAAUGUCUGUGAUCCAUUAUAAAUUUAAGCUACUUUUGGCUCCAAAAGUAUGAUGAAAGUAUCUUCAUUUACAUGAUAAUAGCAAUGGUAUGUGGGAUGCUGUACAACUGGCAUCUUUUCAUCAUUCAAUUCUGAGUUGAUGCAUUUCAGGACAAAGCUCACCAAGAAAAAAUUGUUAGAUCUGUAUUUCUCGGGUUACUGCCUUGUAAGGAAGGGAUUGUCCCAACUUGCCAUCUCAUAUUAUAACAUUAAGAAAUUUUAUAACAUGGUCUGCACUUCUUGUAACAUAUUACCUGUAGCUUUAAUAGCUUCAUCAGCCUAACUAUGUAAGAGCUUCCAUCAUUAUUUAAAAUACUCAAUAUGCCCCAUUUUAGAACUUUCAUCAUGACAUAGAUAAUUCUGGUUUUAAAGAGUGAUUUUAUGCCUGGUUGCUCCUCUCUAGUCUUUUCUCUAAACUCUAAUAUUUUUUCAUCAUCUUUAAUAUAUAUUAGAGUUAUGCAGCCAAUCAAUCAAUGAUUGUUAUUCUGCCAAAUGUAGAGAGCUCUUUCCUUCAUACUACUUUUAAUCUUGUGUUUAUGAAGUAGAGGUUUGGCAUAAUAUUCACAAUGUUCACUAGAUAUAUUAGUAUAGUGUAAAAUGCAAUGUGAAUAUUGAGUUUGCUGUUUUCUCAAAAAUCCAUGUGACCUCAAAACUCAUGGCACUAAUUUUAUAGUGGUAAAAUUAAAAAUGUGUUCUAGUGCUUCAGUAUGCCAGUAGUAACUAUACAAACUAAUUUUAAAACAUGUUUAACAAUGUUGUCAUGGCCAUGUGUUCAGGCUGCCUAGUGUUCAAGCAGGAUCAUUUGAUUUCACUUGCAUGUGUAGAGUCAUACUCUCCCAUUUGCACCACUCACCAUUCCUUUGGCCCUGUCAUGGUAGCAGUAUAGUAGUAGUAGUAUGCACAGCCAUGCCACUGCCUGGAAGUGUUGCCAGAGUACUGCAGUGAGUACAAACUGCAAAGAUAAAUCUGCACCAAGAAACUAUUCACUCAUCUCUUGUUACACUCCAUCACCUUUUGCCUGAUUGGCUGUUGACAUCAGGAGUAUAUCAGUGAGAUGUACCUACCAAAUAUAUAUGAUUGGGAUUAUUCAAUGAGCUCCAUGAUUAAAACUCAUAAUUAUAUGAUGGUACUCCCUUUACCAGUUAUUAAGACUCGCUGAGAAACAAAGCGUAAUUUGCAGGAACUCACUAGAUGGAGAGUGGGCUAUUAUUUCAUAAAUAGCUUAUUCACAGACACAAACCUACCUUGUAUAGUAAAUUUACACGUUCAAAUUCCUUAAAUAUUAAUUACAAAGAACUUGUUGGUUUGGAUAUGCUGCCUAUUCCUAACAGUCCACACUUGCUUGAUGACCUGCUGCAAAUUUUACUUUUACUGUGUAUAUUAGUAAAUAUUGUUGACUGGUACUUAAAUUUAGUGUUUUUAAUAAUGGAACUUGUUGAAUAAUCCUGUCAUGUCUAUUUGGUAGGUACAUCUUGCUGAUAUACUUCCCUACAUCAUCAGCAGUUAAUCAGGCAAAACGGGGCAGAAGAAGUGCCUUCUUGGUACAAAUUUCCCUUCAUAAUUUAAACAGACAGUACUCCUUUCAUGCUCUUCCCGACAUAAACUUGGAGGGACAGGAGGCCUAGUAGUGGUGUAUGCUUUGUGUGGAAAGGAGAGUCUCCUUGAUGGGAGUUUCUGAAGAGAAGUGUAGGCAUUUGUGCUUUCAUAGAUAUAGUUCAAUUUCAUUAUCAGCAAGCCAAGCUGAUCUAGAAGUCCUGCGCUGGCCCUUUGGUGGGACAGCUCAUAGUGCAUCCAUAACGGCCCAGUAAAAUGUUUAUUAGAUAUUUUCAAUCAAUUAUCAGUUAGUCUUGCCAUUUCCUGAUUUUACAAAAUAUAAGGAAAACAAUAAAGUACUGGUUGUCCAUGAUAUUUGAAGAAAUAGAUUAUUAACAUUCACAUAAAUUCAUCCAUAUGAAUAUCAACACAUGCCACUGGUGUCAUGACAUAACAUUGAAUUUCUAUAAAUUCAUGACAUAACAUAUUGAAUUUCUAUAAAUGUCAGUUUGCACAGUUUUUCUGAAGGUUUAAUAUUUUGUUUCCCAAGUAUUUUUGGAAAUCACUUUAGGGCAAGGUUGGCCAAUAAGGUGAUUAAAAAUGUUAAAGAUGCUGGGUUAGCGACAAGGCCAUUAAGGAUGAACCAUCAGCCACCCAUCAAAUGGUCAGGGGCAUGACUUCCUAGUUCAGGUUAGCCUGUAGAGACAAAAGUUAUGACACACUUUGUCCUUUAACAAUAUGGUUAACCUUCAGUUUAGUUCCUACUCAGUACAAUGUGCCUUUUAGCUGGUCUAUUUUGCUGUGCCUAACUAUUAACUGUUCUACACACUCCUGAUAAUGAGCCUGACUAUUUUAUGAAUGCCCAAAACACCAACCUGGUAAAUGGGGACAAGGGGCAUAGCUACUACUAGUGACUGUAUCUUGCUGUCACCACUACCUCCUCUACAUGUUGCUAUAUUGAGAGUGGACAAUGCCUAAAGGCCAGGCUGUACCACUCAUGUCACUCUUAAUCGCCAUUCCUCAGCUGCCUUCUUGUUGGCAUUACCACACUGGCACCAUUGUCAUUACUGUCCUUCCCUUAGGUAACAACAGUCAGUAUCUUAAGAAAAGGUGAUGUCCUAAAACUAAAUCAUAUUGCCACACCAGGAGCACCUGGUGUGGCAGGUGUGACUGUAUAGUCUUAGGUGUUCUUGUCAUUAGAUUGAGUUUGCUGGUGCAGUGCCUAAGGACAUGAAAAAUUUAAGAUAUGGCAAAAUCAUGAAUUUUGAAAUAAUGCUAAGAACAAAUGUAGUCUUAGCUCUUAAUCUCACUCAAGUACAGUACUACAAUGAUAAUGAAUGUUGAAACGACUCAGGCAGUAUUUCAUGUUUUAGUAUCACCAGUUAAUUCUUGUAAUUUGUCAGGUGUACUUGAAGACAGAUGAACUAUACUAUUUUUAUGAUAAUGGUAGUUAUUAUUAUAGUGAAAAAAUAGCUGGGCCAAUUUUAAUACUUUCAUAAUAUAUUUUACAAUAAUGAAUAAAUAUGUAAUAUUUUUAGAAAAUAUUUUAAAAUAAUAUAUAUCAUAAAAUAAUGCUGUAAAUAAAAUGCUGUUUACAUGAGAAAACAAAUAUGAGCAUUGACCUGCCAAAGUUCCAUGAUGCCCAUGAUGGUCUCUUUUUUACCACUCCUUUAGUAUGCAGUGGCAGUGCUUCACUAUCAUUCAACAAUAGUACAAUACAUGUAUACUGUGUAAAAAUGUAAAUUUCUUGACUGAGAAUCAAGGAGAAUAAUCUCUGUGGUGUGUAGGAGAGGUGUGUGAGUGGAUGUGUGUGUGUGUGUGUGUAUGUGUAAUAACUAACUUGUGUGUGUCCUUUGAGGCUGCUGCAUGUUGGUGUUCUGCACAUCACCAAACAUCUCCCUGAAACAAAGACAAAACUGAAAAUAUUUAUAGCUCAAUAAAAAUUUUUGUAUGUAUCCAAAA